AUGCGAUCUUUUAUCAAAUCACAUCGAAAGAAUGACUCAUUUAGCUCGGAAAUCUCCGAUGAUUUCAACCAGAACCAAGCAAAAACUCCAACUUCAUCUCAGUUCCCCUACAAUCCGCAAUUUACACCUCCAUUCCAACCGAGUACCCAUUCCCGAAGUUCACCCAAAAAGCUAUUGACUCCCAUCAGAAACUUGUUUUCCUCGCUGGGACACCACAGUAAGACAAAUUCAAUCUCUUCUGCUUCAGAUCGAUUGACUGAUGUGAUCCAAUCGGGACCACCUUCUGCUUUACCUUCUAAGCAUCGGUCAGAAAAGGACCAAUUCAAUGUCCAGGGACACUCCUCGUUCACCAAUUUGUCGAGGUUUGCAAACAAGCCCCAAGAACACGAUGAAGAUGCAUUAUCAGACUACAUUCCAAGAAACCAUAUAGAUAGCAAGAGCCGUCCCAGCUAUCGAAUAUCUUCUUCAUCUGGCUCAUUAUUCGACGAUAAGACUUCAAAGACUUCAGUAUCGCAGCAGCAAAGCUCGAUCAACUCGAAACAAGACCCAUUUACAAGUAGCAUUGGAAAAAACGAUCCUUCUUCACGCUACGCUGUGGAUGGCCAGCUACUACAACCACUUCAAAUGAAUGAGGAAACUGCGAAUGACUCAAACAGCUCGCUCGUGGAUAGCGUGGAAAACUUUCGUACUGAGGGCGUAUCGUUUCUGACACCCAAGUUUGUGAGGCAGAGUUUGACCUCAGAGGAGGCACACGAAAAUGAAUCAGCAGAAACAGAAGACGAUGAUGACGAUGUAUCUGACAACUCAUCGCAAUUCUCAUUUGUCAGAGAUAAACGAGGUGGCAGAAAUACUUCGGUAAAAUAUUACAAGACUCCUCAUACAAAUCUCGAAACCCUGAACACUUUGAACCCACGAGACUUUGGCUUUGAAGACGAUGCUUACUCUGAUUACGACUUUGAGAAUAAUGGUAUGGACGACGAAGACAUGUUCGACUCCGGUGGUGAAGAAGAAGAAGAAGUUAACUAUAACAAGCUCUUUGAUGACGAUGACGCUCCUGCUAGUCAUCCUAUCGAAUCUCAUGCACUUGAACCUAGUGCCGUUCCUGUCUUCAGUUUUCAAUCAAAUUACAAAAAUCAUAGCAGUUCAGAACUAUUGUGGGGUCCGCUAGCAGAGCGACAUAAAGAUGAUGAAGCUAAAGACACUUCGAGACGCAAGCUGGCAUCGUUAUCUUCAAAUCAAGACAGCCGUCGCAUAUACAACAAAAGCUAUCAUUUAUCGAUCGAUGGGUUCGAGGAACUGGACAUUCAAUCUGCUUCGGAUUUGGGUGAGGAUAUUCUAGAAAACUACCUAGAGCUGCCUUAUGAACCCUAUUCACAACACAGUAUUUACGAGGCUACCCCCGAACCAACAAGUUCUCCUUCCCUUGAGCUAUUCGACCUUAAUUCACCAUUAAUCAACGGCGUUACAAUUGGAAACAACUUGUUUCACCGCUUUGGAAGUAUCCGAAGCGAUACCGACGGAAAAAGGUUGGAGAGCAGUGCUAAUAAGAUGUUCAUUCAUAGGCACGACUCCCAACGUCUGAACGAACACGACAAAGCAAGAAAUAUUGCAACCAAUGAGAAUAAAGAUCAUAGCCUCAAAAAGAUUCGUGCAUUUCACGGAUCAGUCGAUCAUGGCUUGAACUCAGCUCUCGAAGAAAAGGUGAAAGAGUUUGAAAGCUUUCAGAAGAAACGCUUAGAGCUUUCAUCAAAGGUCAAUAAUCUGAGAGAAGAGACUCCAGAGCCUCUGGAGCAUGUGGGUUUGGGAAUCUUGCCCAGUUCGGUUCAGGAAUCGAACGACCUGUCUUUGAGUUUUGAGGCUAGCGGAAGUCGUAAUGGCAAAGACUCAGAGGUCACGAAGCCCAAUCAUCAAGUGAGAAGCUCAAUCACUCAGAUGAUGGACAUUUUGAGCGGAAUUGGCCAAGAAGUGGCUCCUAAGAACAAGCGUGAGUCUGUAGACGACAUGAUGAAACGACUUGCUAUUCUAGAGUCUAAUCAUUCGGAGAAACCUGACCGCGAGGAAAAAGAUACAAGAAACAGGAACAAUCAGAUGAAGCAUACUACAGAACCAAAUCUGUUUCAAACCAAGAGGACGGUAAGUGGAAAGAGGUAUUCAUGGUGCGAGAGCGAGAGUUUCCAUGAUGAUGAAGCGCCAUCUAUUCACAUAGACGAUGAAAAUGCCCCAAUGGAACGUCGCAAUAGUGACGAGGAACUUUUAGAUGAAGUUAACCAGAUACCAGAGGAUUAUGAUUUUGAAAGUCAAAAAGGUGGUAACAAUCACUUGAGCGCUAAUUAUCUCGAAGGAGCAUUUUUAAGGUCCAACUCAUUCAAAAAGAGGCCUUUAAAGGUUAUGAUGGACUACAAGUUUGCAAACAAUAAGAUCGAAACCGGUAGAAAAACUGUAACGUUUUACCGAAGCAACUCGUUGAACCUCGAUAUAUCUAGAAGCAGAAGCGUAAGCCGUGCACCAUCGACCCGCUCAAUGAGGUCUUUCGUGUCCAUGAAUGAGGAACCUGAAAAUGAAGAAGCUUCGAACAACGAGGAAAAAUUGGACGAUAUUCUUUCAAGAGCUGAAAAGUCUAGUCUGGCGAACCGACCCACCUUUAAGCUUACGGUGCGUAGGGACGAUAAUUUCGACGUUGAGAGAACUCCUUCGUUACUAGGAACCAUCUGUGAGUCCGAUAGUCCCAGGCGUUCCAACGAGAGCUGA